AUGGAUCUCAAUGUCUGUGAAGAGAGCCAAGAUCUUUACAUAAGAAUGCCUGCAUCCCUACUAACAGGUCUUACAGUCUCCCAACCUGACUUCAAUAGAAAGAUUGAAAUACUCAUCAUAGUCUUGCCAAUUUUGGUGGUCUUAAUGGGCCUGUCUGUAGCAGUGUAUGCUUUCAGCAUGAAAAAGAAAAGGUCUUACAUGAAAGCAAGAGGUCGAAGGGUACGCUCCAUUGAUAGACAUAAUUCAAAUCUUGGAGAAGGUGGCUUUGGUCCUGUUUACAAGGGAGUGUUGGAAACCGGACAAGAGAUAGCUGUGAAGCAACUUUCUAGAACUUCUGAACAGGGUUAUGAUGAGUUCUACAAUGAAGUUGUUUGUGUUGCUAAACUUCAACAUCGGAAUCUUGUGAAGCUUGUUGGAUACUGCAUGGAUGGAGAUGAAAGGAUCCUGAUUUAUGAAUACAUGUCUAACAAAAGCCUGGACUUACUUCUAUUCGAUGAAACCAAAAGUUGUAUGCUUGAUUGGGGUCAACGUUUUUGCAUCAUCAAUGGGAUUGCUAGAGGAAUGCUUUAUCUCCACCAAGAUUCUCGCCUUCGAAUCAUACACAGAGACCUCAAAGCAGCCAAUAUUCUGUUGGAUCAUGACAUGAACCCUAAAAUAUCAGAUUUUGGCCUUGCUAGAGAGUUUGAAGGAAACCAGAUUACAGCCAAAACGAAGAAAGUGGUUGGAACAUAUGGUUACAUAUCACCCGAGUAUGUACUUCAUGGACGCUUUUCUGUAAAAUCGGAUGUGUUUAGUUUUGGUGUUUUGGUGCUGGAGAUAGUGAGUGGGAAGAAAAACAGAGAAUUCUCACAUGAAGAUCUCAAUGAUAACCUUCUUGGACAUGCAUGGAGACUGUAUACAGAAGGCAAGUACCUUGACCUCAUGAGUCCAUCUUUACGUAAGUCAUGCAUUAUCUCAGAGGUGAAAAGAUCAAUACAUGUUGGGCUAUUAUGUGUACAAAAUCAUGCACAAGAUAGACCAACUAUGUCCUCUGUGGUUAUGAUGUUGGGUGGUGAUGGAUCACUACCUCCACCUAAACAACCUGCUUUCUUUGCUGAAGAAGGUUCACGUAAGCACUACACUUUUUCAGAAGUUGAUGAAGCAACUAUAACAUUGUUAGUUCCUCGGUAGGAAAUUUGUAUUCAUAUGCCAAAUAGUGAUGUGUAUUUAGUCUCGACACAUUCUUCUCCUAUACCAUUAGUGGUUUUUUGUGUAUUAUGUAUCAUUAAGCUGCAUGCUUUUGUCCGUUGUAUCAUAUUUGAGUAUGCCUUUUCCUUUCAUGGGUAUUAUAGUGGCCACAACACAACAAAAGACACAUAUACACAUUACAUG